AACCCUUCAGCCAUUAACAAUGGUAAUCGAAUUGGCAGGCCGUCCAACCGCUGCAGCCGCAUGGUUCACCACCUGCGCCGUCGUCCUCUUCCUCGGCCGCCAUCUCUGCCGCCGUAGAUACAACUUCCCACCAGGCCCAAAACCCUGGCCCAUUAUUGGCAAUCUCAACCUGAUAGGUCCUCUCCCUCACCGAUCCAUUCACGCUCUCUCACAUAAAUACGGGCCCAUCAUGCAUAUCUGGUUUGGAUCCAAACCCGUCGUGGUGGGCUCGUCCGUCGAGAUGGCCAGGGAGAUCCUGAAAACCCACGACGCCACCUUGGCUGGCCGCCCCCAGUUCGCCGCCGGCAAGUACACCACCUACAACUACUCCGACAUCGCGGGGUCCCAGUACGGCCCGUACUGGCGACAAGCUUGCAAAAUAUGCCUGACAGACCUGUUCAGUGUGAAACGCCUGGAAUCCUACGAGUACAUCAGAAGAGAAGAAUUGAAAGCUCUUUUUAGAGAAUUACACGAUUUGGCGAACAAGACCAUAGUGCUGAAAGAUUACCUCUCGACUCUGAGCCUGAACGUUAUAAGCAGGAUGGUGCUGGGUAAGAAGUACACGGAGAAGAGCGACGACGCAAUCGUGUCGCCGAAGGAGUUCAAGAAGAUGCUCGACGAGUUGUUCUUCUUGAAUGGAGUGUUGAACAUCGGAGACUUCAUUCCAUGGAUUAAUUUUCUGGACUUGCAGGGUUAUAUAAAGAGAAUGAAGGCAGUUGGCAAGAAGAUGGAUUGCUUCAUGGAGCAUGUUUUGGAUGAACAUAAUGAAAGAAGAAGAGGGCUUCCAGAUUUUGUUCCAAAAGACAUGGUGGAUGUGCUUCUUCAGCUUGCAGAUGAUCCCACUCUCGAGGUCAAGCUCGAGAGGCAUGGAGUCAAAGCUUUUGUUCAGGAGUUGAUAGCCGGAGGAACAGAGAGCUCAACAGUGACAGUAGAAUGGGCAAUUUCAGAGCUUGUAAGAAAGCCAAAGAUAUUCAAGAAGGCGACAGAAGAGCUCGACAGAGUCAUAGGAAGAGAUCGAUGGGUUGACGAAAAAGACAUGGCCAAUUUACCAUACAUCAACGCAAUCGCAAAAGAAACCAUGAGGCUACACCCUGUGGUUCCCAUGCUCGUGCCCAGGCUAGCCAGAGACGACGUGAAGAUCGCAGGCUAUGACAUCCCCAAAGGAACCCAAGUCCUUGUUAACGUGUGGACCAUAGGAAGAGACCCUGCAAUAUGGGAAAACCCUAAUGAGUUCAAACCAGAGAGGUUCAUGGGGAAGAACAUCGACGUGAAGGGACACGACUAUGAGCUGUUGCCGUUUGGAUCAGGAAGAAGAAUGUGUCCAGGUUAUCCUUUAGGGAUAAAGGUGAUUCAGGCGAGCUUGGCAAAUCUGUUGCAUGGGUUUCAUUGGAGACUCAAGAGUGGCAUGAAGAAGGAGGAGUUGAACAUGGAAGAGAUUUUCGGGCUCUCUACACCAAAGAAACAUCCUCUUGAAGUUGUGCUUGAGCCUAGACUUGGUGCUCAUCUCUAUAUUCUCUGAUUCUCUCUCAGGUAUGAUCAGUGUAGUUUCCCUAUGUUGCGAGCUGCAAUAGAUCUCAAGUUUUCAUGGACCUUUAACAAUUAUUAUAGCUUAUAAAAUAUGCUAGAGUAUGCUGCUAUGUGUUUAAUGUUUUCCUAUGUCGGAAUAAAUGUUUUCUUUCUCCCAUGAAGUGAGAGUAAUGGUUGUUACUGUCACAUUAUGUGUACUGAGAUGAUUAAGCCUGUAGUGUAAGAUGAAUUAUAUUAAUACGAUGUUUAUGAUCAAUUUCUUGAGCUGGGUUGAUCAAACAUCU